AUGUUUGACGAUGAAAAGAGCGUCGAAUCUAAGGAUUCGUUGUUCUCGGAGAAGGAUUUCGUUGUCGAAGAUGAUGUGGAGAUCGCUGAAGAGUCGGAGGCUGAGGAUAGACCCCAGUAUACGGAGGAGGAACUUGGGAAACUCAUAGGAUUCGUCAAGGGAAUUACGACGUUGUACGAUUUGCGGGAAACGGAUUGGAAUCAGCUCAACGAGAGCGGCAUUGUCAACUUCCUCAUGGAUCCACGUGAGCAGAUCCUCUGCAUAUACUUCGAUGGGGACGAUUUGAUUGCUACCGUGGAGUAUCCUAAUUGCGUUUACGAGGAUCUUACGUAUUUCAUCAGGGAACCUAACGAAGUCUUCCAAGUGGAUACUUUCCACGAUAACAUCAUCUUCGGAACGGUCCACAGCAGCAUCGAGUCCACGUUACUCGAAGUUCUCGAAAAUGUUUACGCACCGAUCUUCUUCAAAAUUAAGAAUUGGCCAGAGAAUGUGAAAAGUGAUUUUUGCAGUCACUUACACAACUUUCUCGCCAAACUGACCGACAUAAGCUACAAGAUGAUUGGUUUGACUGUAAUUUACAUUCCUAAAGAAGGAUUGGAUAUGUCUGUGGAGGAAGCCACGAAGGACAAGGAGCUCGUCCGAAGAUUGGAGAGCAUAGUGGUUUACUGGACGAGUCAGAUUCGAGUUAUCCUCCAAGAUCAAGAUACGGGCGUUAAAGAGAGCAUGAUAACGCCCUUGGAUGAAAUCCAGAAUUGGAUUUCGAGAUAUGAGAAUUUGACGGGUGUCGGACAGCAAUUGACCAGCAAAAAGUUAAAACACACCACGGAAAUAUUGGUCAGCGUUCAAUCGCUUUACGUGAAACAGUUCUUAUCCGUUGCGGAUGAAAUCAGUGGAAAGUUGGAGGAAGCCAAAUCAAAUAUUGAGUAUUUGCAAAUAAUUCGAGAUCCGUGCGGUGCUCUGAACAACGUGGAAUCUCCGGAUAAAAUACCUGAAACCAUUCCACCCAUCUUGACUUUGAUCCGCUACAUUUGGUUGAAUAGUAAAUACUAUAAUACCGAUCAGAGAAUAACGACUCUCUGCAAGGCUUUGACUACUCAAAUCAUCGUGCGGUGCAUCGAGUUCAUCGACCUGAACACUGUGUUCAAGAGUAAAAAGAGUAAAGAGGCUAUAAACACUUUCCAGAUGUGCAUUGCCAGUUGCAAAACCUACAUGAGGCUUUACGAUAUUAUGUCUGAUGCGCAUACAGAGUUUGGAACGACUCCUUGGAAAUUGGAAAGAUCUCCGAUCUUCAGCCACAUGGAAUCUUUCAUUCAACGUUGCAACGAUAUGAUUGAAAUUUGCGAGGCAAUGAUCAACUUUGGUCGAUUCGAUGAAACCGAAGAUAUACCUAAACCAAAGUUCAGCGGUACUAGAGCUAUGGAAUUUGAGAAAUGGUGCGAGAAAGUCGAAGACAUGUUUUCCGAUAGUUUGUACGAAGUCCAUGCUGUAAAAACUAUAAUUUUGGAUGUACAAUCUUCGCAGUGGUACGAUGAGAUUUUAAAAUUUCGUGGCCGAAUGAAGGAUAUCGAAAUAGUAAUUGAAAAUCUGGUGAACAGCGUCUUCGAUCAAAUUCCCACUGUGGAUGAGGGCGUAGAAGCUCUUGCUGCGUUUUACAAUUAUUCUAAAAGAUCAACUUUGAAAUCCCUCUUUGACAGAAAAACGCUCUACGUAACGUUUAUCAAUUGUUUAGAAACGAAAUUCAGGAUUGCAAAUCAGAUUUGGUAUCGGAUGAAGAUGAGUAUCCGGUGA